CGUCCGGACGGAAGCGGAAGGGGCGGGGCUCCGCGGCCCGAAUCUCCAGCACUGCCGCCGCCUCUGCUACCAGAGCCAGAGCGGGCUGGGCCGCCGAGGCAAGAUGGUGGACUACAGCGUGUGGGACCACAUCGAAGUGUCUGACGAUGAAGACGAGACGCACCCCAACAUCGACACGGCCAGCCUCUUCCGCUGGCGGCACCAGGCCCGAGUGGAACGCAUGGAGCAGUUCCAGAAGGAGAAGGAGGAGCUGGACAGGGGUUGCCGCGAGUGCAAGCGCAAAGUGGCCGAGUGCCAACGGAAGCUGAAGGAGUUGGAGGUGGCCGAAGGUGGCCAGGCGGAGCUGGAGCGACUGCAGGCUGAGGCACAGCAACUUCGCAAGGAGGAGCGUAGCUGGGAGCAGAAGCUGGAGGAGAUGCGCAAGAAGGAAAAGAGCAUGCCCUGGAAUGUGGACACGCUCAGCAAAGAUGGCUUCAGCAAGAGCAUGGUCAAUACCAAGCCUGAGAAGGCAGAGGAGGAUUCGGAGGAAGUGAGGGAGCAGAAACACAAAACCUUUGUGGAGAAGUACGAGAAACAGAUCAAGCACUUUGGCAUGCUCCGCCGCUGGGAUGACAGCCAGAAGUACCUGUCAGACAAUGUCCACUUGGUAUGUGAGGAGACAGCCAACUACUUGGUUAUCUGGUGCAUUGACCUAGAGGUGGAAGAGAAAUGUGCACUCAUGGAGCAGGUGGCCCACCAGACCAUUGUCAUGCAGUUCAUCCUGGAGCUGGCCAAGAGUCUGAAGGUGGACCCCCGUGCCUGCUUCAGACAGUUCUUCACUAAGAUUAAGACAGCCGACCGCCAGUACAUGGAGGGCUUUAACGACGAGCUAGAGGCCUUCAAGGAGCGUGUGCGGGGCCGCGCCAAGCUGCGCAUCGAGAAGGCCAUGAAGGAGUAUGAGGCAGAGGAGCGCAAGAAGCGGCUGGGCCCUGGUGGCUUGGACCCCGUCGAGGUCUACGAGUCCCUCCCUGAGGAACUUCAAAAGUGCUUUGAUGUGAAGGAUGUGCAGAUGCUCCAAGAUGCCAUCAGCAAGAUGGACCCCACUGAUGCGAAGUACCACAUGCAGCGUUGCAUCGACUCUGGCCUCUGGGUCCCCAACUCCAAGUCCAGCGAGGCCAAGGAGGGGGAGGAGGCGGGCCCCGGGGACCCAUUGCUGGAAGCCGUUCCCAAAUCGGGUGAUGAGAAAGAUGUCAGCGCGUGACCCACCCCAGGCAUUGCCACCACCCGCCCGCCUGCCUGCAGGCCUAUAUGCUCCCCUUUACAGAAAACAAAAAUAGACACCAUCUCUCUAGCCCCUGGCUUCCUCCACUUUUGCUGCUCCCCCCAGUCCUGGGGGUCUGCCCCGCCUUCCUCUUCCACUGCCCUGUUCCCAGUGCUCAUCCAAGUCUCUGCUUUGAGUAAAGGGGCUUCACUGCCUGCAGCCCCCCCAACCCUUCAGCAUUAUGCCAAAGGCCCAGGGGUCCAGGGAGGGGCAGAGGUCGCCAGGCCUGCCCUCCAUUGGGCAGAGGGUCCCCAGUCAAGGGGCCGGUCACUGUGGGUCUGUCUGUCAAGUCUUCUAUUUGGUAAAGAGCAAUGAUCUUCCAAUAAAGGAUUUCAGAUGCUU